AUGAGCAACGGGGCGCAGGUUCGCGGGAAGCGCGUGGCGGUCGUGGGAUCGGGGAUCACCGGCCUCAGCUGCGCCUGGCUGCUCCAGAAGAACGGCGCCGAGGUCACGCUGUUCGAGAAGGAGCCGCGGUGCGGCGGGCACACCUGGACCGACCACCACGGCGAGCACCCAAUCGACCUGGGCUUCCAAGUCUUCAACCUGACGACGUACCCGCACCUCGUCGGCCUCUUCGAUGAGCUGGGCGUCGACUCCGAGCCGUCGGACAUGUCGUUCUCGCUCUCGCUCGACGGCGGCCGCCUGGAGUGGUCCUCCGACGCCAUCUUCGGGCAGCGCUCGAACAUGCUCUCGCCGUCCUUCCUCGGGAUGCUCCGCGACGUCGUCCGCUUCGGGAACACCGCGCCGGAGGUCCUCGAGGGCGCGCGCGCGCACCUCUACGAGACCAUGACCGUCGCCGAGUACCUCCGACGCAACAACUACGGAAAAGCCUUUGUGGACAACUACCUGCUCCCUAUGUGCGCCGCCGUGUGGUCCGUCCCGAACGACAAGGUCCUCGCCUUCCCCGUCCGCAUGCUCGUCCGCUUCUGGGUCAACCACCACCUUCUGGACAUUAUGCAACGCCCCGUCUGGCGCGUGGUGAAAGGCCGCUCGGAGACCUACGUCAAACGCAUCCUCGCGGACCUCCCGGACGUCCGCACCAGCACGCCCGUGCACGCCGUGUACCCCUCGUCGAGUCCCGGCAAGGUGCCGGUUGAGGUCGAGACGGCGGCGGGGAAGGAGCCGUUCGACCUGGUGGUGAUGGCGUGUCACACGGACACGACGCUGCGUGCGCUGGGGCCGCGCGCGCCACCGCGGCAGAAGAAGAUCCUCGAGGCGAUCCCGUACAACUCGAACGACGUCGUGCUGCACACGGACGAGUCCCUGAUGCCCGCCCGGCGCGAGUGCUGGUCGGCGUGGAACUUUCUCGGCCGCUCAGAGCCGCACGGAGGGCGGGGGGAGUCCGACAGCGGCACGGGCGCGGUGUGCGUGACGUACUGGUGCAACCGGCUGCAGAACCUGCCGGACGGCGCGCCCACGACGCUCGUCACGCUCAACCCCAUCAAGGAGCCGGACGAGUCGAAGAUUCUCUUCCGAACGCAAUUGGAUCACCCUGUGUUCUCGUUCGGGUCGCAGCAGGCGCAGGCGUCGCUCCCGGAGUGCCAGGGCGACGGCGGGGUGUACCUGUGCGGCGCGUGGGCCGGGUACGGGUUCCACGAGGACGGCCUGCGCGCAGCCAUUGCCGUGGCGAAGGGCGCGCUGGGGUGCCGGCUGCCGUGGACGCCGCGGGCGGUGUCGCCGAAGACGACGUGGUGGCAGCGGCGCGGGCUGGACAUUUUCGACAUGUGGGCGCGGCACUGCGUCAAGGUGGGGCGGCUGCGCGUGAUUCUGCCGACGGGGGAGGAGAGGUGUUAUGGGGGGGGGUUGCCGGACGCGACGGAGGAGUCGGAGAAGGAGCGGUGGUGGGGGAAGCCGGCGCUGGACUGCACCGUGCGGGUGUUCGACAUGGACUUCUUCUGGAAGUGCAUCACCCGGCACGACACGGGCGUCGGCGAGGCCUGGAUGGACGGCGACUGGACGUGCGCGAACCCCGCGGCCUUCAUGGCCGUCCUCACCGCCAACGCCGACCAGCUCAACAACGGCCGCGGCGGGCGCGGCAUCCUGGGCCCGUUGGCCAACUGGAUCGGCGACCGCAUGCUCUACCUCGCGCACCUCACGCGCGCCAACACCCUCGAGGGCUCCCGCAAGAACAUCGAGGAGCACUACGACGCCGGCAACGCCAUGUACAAGACUUUCCUUGACGACACGAUGACCUACUCCUCCGGCAUUCAUGCGCCGGGGCGGUCCCUGAAGGACGCGCAGCUGGCCAAGCUCGACGAGAUCAUCCGGAAGGCGCAGAUCGGCGCGAGCGACCACGUCCUGGAGAUCGGGUGCGGCUGGGGGAGCUUCGCCAUCCGGGCGGCGUCGACGACGGGGUGCCGCGUGACGGGGCUGACGCUGAGCAAGGAGCAGCUGAGCGAGGCGACGCGGCGCGUGCAGGACGCCGGGCUCGACGCGCGCGUCACGCUGCUGUACUGCGACUACCGCGACUGCCCCGGCGCGGGCACCUUUGACCGCGUGGUGUCGAUCGAGAUGAUCGAGGCCGUGGGACACGAGAACCUCCCUACCUACUUCGGCACAAUCGCGAGGAUGCUCCGGCCGGGCGGGCGCGCGGUGAUCCAGGCCAUUUCGGAGCCGGACGAGCGGUACGACGCGUACUGCAACUCCUCGGACUUCAUUCGCGAGCAUAUCUUCCCGGGGGGGCACCUGCCGUGCGUGGGCGCGUGCGUGGAGGCCUGCCGCGGCACGGGCCUCGCGCUGACGGGCACGGACGACAUCGGCCCGCACUACGCCGUCACGCUGCGGGAGUGGCGUCAGGAGUGGGAGAAGAGGAAGGGGGAGGUGUUGGCGCUGGGGUACUCGGAGCGGUUCUACCGGAAAUACCAGUUCUACUUCGCGUACUGCGAGGCGGCGUUCGACGCGCGGUACAUCCACAACUACCACAUGACGCUCGUCAAGGACGCCAACAUCUCGAACGCGAACGCGACGGGCGGCCCGACGUAUGUGGACGGGACGGGCGCGGCGGCCGCGCAGGGCCUCGGGAAGGACGGCGUGCUCGCGGCGCGCGAGGAGGACGGCCGCGAUCUGCCGUCGCAGGCCGUCGCGGCGCUGUGGUUCUUCGGGUGCGGGCUGCUCGCGGCGGGCGGCGACGGGUCGAUCGUCGGCGGCGGGCGGGUGUUCGCUGUGGCGGCCGUCGCCGCCGCGGCGUUCGCGGCGCUGACCGCGGUGUCGCGCGCGGUCAUGAUGGCGCUCGCGCCCGGCCCGAUGACGGUCCUCGGCGCGGCGGGGCGGGCCGACGCCGUCGCCGUUGCCGUGCACGGCUGCUUCGCGGCUCUGGCGGCGCCGGCCGCCGCGAUGCUGCUGCUCCGCAGCCCGCUCGCGCUCAUGGUCGACAACUACCGCGGCGGGGACCCCACGGCGCCCGUCCUCCUGGCCACGUGCGCCGGGUUCAUCGUCUCAAUGCUGUGGCACACGGUGUCGCACCGGAGGUUCCUGCCGCAUCCGUUGCGCGCCACGGCGCACUGGCUGAUCCUCCUCGCGACGACGAUGGUGCCGCUCCUGGCCAAGCAGCACGUCACGCUGCUCGCGGCGACGCUCGUCUCGGAGGGCGCCACGCUUGUCGGGGGCAUCAAGCAGGCGCUAGGGACCCCACACACGUGGCGGCACGUGAGUGCGGCUCUGGGGGCGCUCGACCUGGCGUGCAUCGUGAUCGUGCAGAUGCUGCCGCUCAUGUCGGCCACGCGCGUCCUCAUGGGCAGCCUGACCGCCGCGCCCGUCCCCGCCGCGGUGUCGUACGUGGCGCUGGCGGGCCUGGUGUACCGACAGGGCGCAGGGCUGGUGCGCCUGGGCACGGCGGCCAAAGCCAUGGUGAUGGACUCGGGCAAGGCGAAGGCUGCGUGA